CAACAUUCUCUUGAGUGACGAUGCAGUUUCUGUGGAUCAAGUGCGAGGACGUCUUGCCAGGAGUGGGAUUGGGUGUUCUUACAGUGGCCUUAUUUCUAGGCGCGUUUUUCUUCUACCACGAAGUGCAAGACUCACCUGAAGUCGAACGGAAUUGCAGAAUGGCUGCUGAAGCAACUAACAAUUCAGAAGAGUUCAAAAUGAAAGGUCACUCAGCAUUUAUUGUUGGCUACACUGGAGCAGUUGGAAAAGUUCUUACGAAGGAGUUGGCCAAGGCCAAGUUGUUUAAGAAAGUGUUAUUGAUUGGUCGCAGAGAGAUUGACCUGGAUGAUGACAUAGGAAAUGAAUUUGAGCAGAAAGUUGUUGACUUUGAAAAAUUUGAUGACUAUGCUGAUAUAUUCAAAGAUGUUAAAUAUGGUUUCUGUUGCUUAGGCACCACAAGAGCAAAAUCUGGAGCUCAAGGUUUCAUUAGGGUCGAUCAUGACUAUGUCAUGAAAUCUGCAGAGCUUGCAAAAACCGGAGGAUGUAAACACUACAAUUUCGUGUCAACUCAGGCUGCUGACAAGAAUAGUUCUUUCUUAUACACCAAAACAAAGGGACAAGUAGAAGAAGAACUUAAGGCCAUACAAUUUGAAAGACUGUCACUUUUAAGACCUGGAGUUUUACUAGGUGAGCGUGAAGAAAGUCGACCCGGGGAGGCUGUGGCCAAAUUUUUCUUGAAACCAGUUGCCUACCUGUUCCCAACAGCCAUCACGACACCUAUGGAUGUAGUUGCCAAGGCAAUGAUAAACAAUAUGCUUGCCCCCGUUGAUCGUCCUGUGGAACUGUAUGAAAACAAAGCUAUUCAUCAGCUGUCGGGGGUAUCCAAGGGCUGUAGUGGCAGCAAGAGUCAAGAUGGAGGUGACAAGAAGUGAAUCGGAUGCUGGAAGGAGUCAGAAGAACUUAGUACAAGCCGUGUGUGUAAUUAAUUUGCACUAAAGAAAUGGCUACAAAGCUUUUGUCUUAUUCUCAAAAAAGAUAUAAAGAUACAAAAAAUUAAAAAGCAAUUCACAUCGUGUUACCAGGGCCAUAACUAGCCAUAAAUAAUGGGAUGCAGUAAAAAGAAAUUAAAAAAAAAAGAUGACAAAACUCGUAGGGCAGAAAUAUAUUGUCUUUUCCAGCCAAACAAAAAGGACAUUUUAAACUAAAAUGGCAUUAAAAACAAAGUGUUUUGAUGGGGAGAUCUAUUGUGAUUUACACCUAUUCCUAUUGCUCGUCUGCAAGGUACAGCCUGGAGCCUAAUUGAAAAAAAACCCUCUCCUAAGCAACAUCAUAUUGUCCUUGCAUGUCUAUUUGCACUGCACUGAAAGAUCGCAAAGUUACAAGUGUAGUGAACUGGGCCCCUGGUUAUUACUCUACAUUUGUCUAGUUUAAAAUGUCGGACCAUUAUGUGAUGAUAAGCAGUGGUGUAGUGUGGGUUGCCAGCACCCAGGGCAAGGCAAAUAUUGCAACCCCUAACCAGUGGACCGUUAGCACUCCCCGAGUCCCUUCCACCAGUCCAGAAUUUUGUGCCAUGGGCAACCACCCGGUGGCCCCGCCCACGCUACGCCACUGAUGAUAAAUAUGGUAUGUAAGUUUGUUUAUUCGUAUUCACAUAGGGCUGAAUUUACAAAGCCUGUUUAUGUCUUACAUGCGUGUAAGUACAUACAUUUACAAUGUUUAAACACCUGUUUAUGUCUUACAUGCGUGUAAGUACAUACAUUUACAAUGUUUAAAAUACCUGCUUAUGUCUUACAUGCGUGUAAGUACAUACAGUUACAAUGUUUAAAGACCUGUGUUUAAGAAAAACAGGCUUCGUAAAUUCGACCCCUAAUAUUUAAUUAUGCUGUCCUUAACUGGCAACUCGAGAGUCUGGGCUGUUGGCAAAUGUUAAUGGAUUUACCACACGGGACAAAAGCCACAUGCCACAUUAGCUAUUUUCAGUUAACGAUACAGGUUUUCGUUAAUGUUUUUUGCACAAACAGGAUAAUGUAAACCAGUAGUGGAUCUUUGGCUGAAAGAUGUUACAAAAUAAAAAUGAUAUGAAAUCCAGUUAAGUCUCCCAUGGCAAUUCAUCCUGAAAUCUGUUGUACACCAGGCUGUUCUCUCAUUUGGUCAAGUCUCGCUGCCUUUUGAAAUGACUACCAGGGACCAUAUUUUCGAAGCUAUCUUACCACUAUGAAAUCAUAUAACCAUCAUAACCUAUGACGUCACUAUGGUGCACGACAGUAAUUUUAUGAUUUCGCAGCACUAAGAUAGCUCGAAAAUCCCUAGCCAGAACUAUUUAUUGAUGAUAUUCUGUUUGUAAACCCGUAAUCUUGAAGUUGAAUUUUGCUCCGACUUGUAAAGGUAUUGCAACCAUUGCAUGCUUCCUUUAGAAAGCACAAAGUUCACUUGUUAUAUCAAAGAUCAUUAUGACAUUUCAAAAUUUAUGUUAAUAGAAUAAUUAUGGGAGAGUAUUAUGAAAUAUUUCCACAUUCCUGUAUCCAGGAUAGUAAAACAUUUUAUGCAUUGUAUGUUUCUAAUUUCAUUAUUUAUUGCAUUCUGUGUAUUAGUGUGUCUGCUUUGAUUGGAUGUUUGUUGUUAAACAUUUGCAUCAUUAGGCCUACACAAUUAUCGUUUAGAUAUUUUUUGUAUUUUACAAAAUACAGUAAAAGCUGUUAAAACUAAAAACAUAGUUUUAAAAUUAGAUUAUAACAUAAUGUUCAUCCACCUGUAUUAGGAGUCAAGUUUACAAUGUAAAGUUCAACGAUGUAUGAACUUAUAUCAUCCUAAUGUUGGCACUAUUUUCUCCAUCUGAAGAGUUGUGCAAUGCUGUAAGAUGGAAAGCAAAAAGUGCUUGUAAAAUUAUCGAAAAAACAUUGUGUACUUCGAGAGGCAAUUGAUCCCUGAACAAGUUAUUAACUGAGAAGUAACUCUUGUCUAACUGAGAAGUAACUCUUGUCUAUUAACUGAGAAGUAACUCUUGUCUAUUAACUGAGAAGUAACUCUUGUCUAUUAACUGAGAAGUAACUCUUGUCUAUCCGGUGCUAUCUCUGGCACUCACCAAAUUUGCCAGUUGCGAAUUUUAAAAACCUUCGGCGAAUGUUAUUUUAAUUUGGCAAAAUAAUUUCAUGUGUUUCAGCAAUUUGUUUAAGUUUAAUAGACAAUUUGGUAAAAUGUUAUGGUCACCCAGAGCUAGCCCUCCUAUCUGCAAUGCCUAUACAGACCUAGUUAAUUCUCAGUUGACAAAGUGGUAACAGCUGGGUGUGCUCAGGAAAGCUGUACGAGAAUAUAAACUUGAGAAUCAUUUUGGUUACAAUGCUUUAACUGUACUUUGUAGCGUUUGAUAAAAUCUGAAGAAGUAUAUACAGACCUAUUCAACAAGAUUUAUCAGCAUAUUAUUCUAACCAGCAUUUAUCAUGAGAUCAGGGUAUGUGUUAUUUCAUUUAUUAACCAUUUCUAAUAUGUUCAAUAUUUACAUAGUAGCUCUUAUUUCAGACCAAAAGUUAUAGCAUAAUUUUUUUUAUUUGGUAGUAUAUAUUUUAAAAUUUACUUAUUUAGGUGUAAUUUUUGUUGCUCGUGACACCUGUGCCCAUGACAGGUAUAUGCAACAACAGAUUGUUCUGAAUGUGCAUGUUAAAAUUUAUGACCUGACGUGCUUUUGAUAUUUAAACCUCCUAAAUUCAUAGCUAUAUAGGACAGAGCUACCCCAUGAAAGAAAUUUAUGUAAGAAAUUUCUCUUACAUGAGAUAUCACGCGCUUGCAUUUAUGACGCUGUUGGUAAUACAUGACGUCAUAUUAAUGUGAGAUAGUUUUAAAUUAAUAUUUUGUUAUUAAAACCUUCAUUUUAAAAGAUAUCUAAUUAAUUUGUAGUGUUAAAUUUUAUUUAACACAUGAAACAAGCACAGCAAAUACGAUAGUGUAGUUUAUUUAUGAUAAAAUGGUCAAAUAAAAAAGCUACUUGUUCAGCCAUCGUUUUUUGUUCGUGUAACAUAAUGGUUUAUUUACCGAAUGAAUGAGAGAAAAAGACUCCAUCAUAUGCGGCCAAGCCUCGUCCCAGGUCGAAAUUUUCACCACUUUGGGUGUACUUUUUCUAUCCCACAUGACCGCAUAUGAUGGAGUCUUUUAGUCUUAGAUUUAAGCACUAGUUACGUGACAGGUGUCGGUGUUCUGCAUUUAGCACUCAGGAAUUAAUAACUCAACUAACCUUUGAUAACUGAACAUCGCAUCACUUGUGUGCACAUGUCAACGUUCAGUUUUAAGAUCAUGACAAAAUAUAUGGGGCAGAUUUCAAGAUAUGUUGCUUUAUCUAUUUUGUGUGUUCUGUGUACUAGUUCACUGCAUCAGUGACUCAGUUUUACACAUUUUACUUUCUUGUGAAAAUAUGGUAUUUUUGUUAAGCUAAUUCUUGUACCAUUUUUUCUCUCGUGUGCUAUAUUAUCUUCCAGACAUAAAAUGUACUCACUUUACUCUAAUCAUUUUGGAACAAUUACAUAUAGGCUAUGUAUAUGGUGCAUACUUGUGACAUUUACUUCUGUUUAUUAUGCAGUGUUUACCAAUCUGUUGGGACCUAGUUAUUAUUUAUUUUUUACAUCCUGAAUAACGUUCAGUGUAUUGUGUUAGAUUAUAGAUUUUUUUGUAUUUUAAGUCAGUGAUCCUAGUUUUCAUGAUGUUAAUUUUUUUGUUUCACAUAACAUGUAUAUGGUGAUACUAUAAACAACAGGACCACCAGAUUCAUAAUAGAUUUACCAAAACUAAUAAUUAAUUUAAUGGUGAAAAUCUGUAAAAGCCAAAAAUAUAUAUAUAUAAAAAGACAAUCUGAUUAAAAUUAGCUCUACUGGUCUCACCAGUAGAUCUAACAGCAUUGCGUGGACUCC